AUGAUAAAUGGGGAAUUAACAAAGCCUUUUGAAGCUGCCAAAGGACUCAGACAGGGUGAUCCCAUAUCACCAUUCCUAUUUGCAAUUGCAAUGGAAUACCUCAGCAGGCUGCUCAGAGGAUUGAAACAUAGAAAAGAAUACAGGUAUCAUCCUAGAUGUGGUAAGCUUGAUAUAACUCACCUCAGCUUUGCAGAUGAUCUACUGCUGUUUGCUAGAGGGGAUUGCAAGUCUAUCACCACUUUACAUGCUUGCUUCAUGCAGUUCUCUGCUGCAUCUGGACUGCUUGCUAAUCUUAACAAGAGUGCAAUUUAUUUUGGAGGAGUUGCUCAGGAUACUAAACAGGAAAUCCUACAGAAGACUGGCUACUCACUAGGGGAGUUACCUUUCAAAUAUUUAGGCAUUCCCCUGGAUACAAAGAAGCUAACAGCUAUGCAAUGGCAACCACUGAUAGACAGAAUAGUUGCAAAGAUUACCUCAUGGACAGCUAGAAAGUUAUCUUAUGCUGGCAGGAUACAGUUAGUCCAAACAGUCAUUUUUGGGAUACAAUCCUAUUGGUCUCAAAUAUUCAUUAUUCCAGCUAAGGUGAUGAGUCUGAUUGAAUCAUAUUGCAGAAGCUAUAUUUGGUCUGGUGCUAAUACAAUUACAAAGAGAGCUUUGAUAGCAUGGGAUAGAAUGUGUUUACCUAAGUCUGCUGGAGGAUACAAUCUACUGAAUAUCAAAAUAUGGAAUAGAGCUGCUAUCAGUAAAACCUAUUGGGAUUUGGCAAAGAAAAAAGACAGAAUGUGGGCAAAAUGGAUCCACACAUACUACAUAAAAGGCCAAAGAAUAAUGGAGAUGGACAUACCUCAACAGGCCAGUUGGAUGGUGAGGAAGAUCAUAGAGGCAAGAGAGAUAAUGCAGCAACUGCCUACAGCUUAUCUCAAUCAGAGUAGUAUCAAGCAGAUAUACCUAGGCAUGCUGGGAAAUCAUAGCAAGGUGACUUGGAGAACUUUAAUGUUUCACAAUGAAGCUAGACCUAAGGCAAGAUUUACAAUGUGGAUGCAAUGUCAUGGUAGAUUAAUGACAGCAGAUAGGCUUGCAAAUUGGGGAAUACAAAUAAGUACAAGGUGUUGCUUAUGCAAUGAAGCAGAUGAAUCCCCCACACAUUUGUUUUGUGAAUGCAGUUUUACCAAAGCAGUAUGGGGAAGACUUAUGCAAUGGCUUCGAAUCCAGGUGAGUCCCAAUCACACUUAUACACAAAUGAUGGCAUGGAUAACAACACAAGCUAAGGGGAAGUCAUGUGCAGCUAGAGUAAUGAAAAUGGUAUAUGCAGAACAUAUCUAUGGAAUAUGGAGGGAGAGAAAUAGUAGAAUAUUUGAAGAGAUAAGCAGGACUACAGAACAAGUAGCAAGAGAAGUGCCAUGUGUAUGUAAUGUUAGAGCUCAAGGAGGAAUGAGGGCAAAAUUGCAGCAGCUUAUGUUCUGA